AUGGGCGUCGGCACAUCGAACCUCGAUGGCCUCAGCGUGGAGCAGGUGCUGCACCAGAUCGCCGAGUACCUGCAGAGCCGCAACAUGACGGUGCAGGACGCCUUCCAGUUCCUGGACCAGGACAUGUCGGGCAGGAUCUCGCUGCAGGAGUUCUUACGUGGAGUGCGGUGCUGCCUCGGGGACGCAUACGCGCCGACGGUCAACGACCAUACUCUGGUGCGGAAUUUUUGGGCAGCCGUGUACAGCGGAACAUCGGCCGUGUUGGUCAUGGCGGACCGCUACCUCAUCACCAAGGACACCGUUGCCGAGGGCGCCGUGGUGCCCGAGAUGGUCAAGAUGAAGCUGGAGCGCAACGCGGCGCUGGCGGAGGAGAAGCAGAAGGCCGCCGCGGUCAGGAAGGUCGAGCGGGCGGGGCGCCGGCACGAGCUGAAGAUGCGCACGCUGAAGUACGAGAAGGAGUACGCCUCGCACACCCGCAAGCUCGUGGCGCUGCGUCGUCAGGCCAAGGCAGCGGGCAACUUCUUCGUGGAGCCCGAGGCCAAGCUGCUGUUCGUCGUCCGGAUCGUGGGCAUCAUCAAGUUGAGCCCCAAGCCGCGCAAGGUGCUGCAGCUCCUGCGCCUGAAGCAGCUGCACAACGGAGUCUUCCUCAAGGUGAACAAGCCGAUCCUCAACAUGCUGAAGUUGGUGCAGCCGUACGUCACGUACGGCUACCCCACGCUUAAGACCGUGAGGGAGCUGGUAUACAAGCGCGGUUUCGGCAAGGUCAACAAGCAGCGCAUCCCGCUCUCAGAUAACGAGAUCAUCGCCAGCAACCUCGGAGAGAAGGACAUCAACGGCAUCGAGGAUCUCAUCCACGAGAUCUACACCGUCGGACCCAGCUUCAAGCAGGCCUCCAACUUCCUGUGGCCCUUCAAGCUCUCCGCCCCGAAGGGCGGCUUCGAGAAGAAGCGCCACGGCUUCUGCGAGCAGCGCGGCGGCGCGUGGGGCAACCGCGAGGAUCUCAUCAACGAGCUCGUCUCGCGCAUGAACUGA